AUGACACAAACAGUAAUUAGUAUCAAUUCCCCUCCACCGUAUCUUACUUUAUCUGGUCAAGAGGAACUACCUACGGUUUUAACUAUCGGGGGCUCGGAUUCUAGUGGUAGUGCAGGUAUAGAAGCAGAUUUGAAGACUAUUACUGCACACAGAUGUUAUAGUAUGACUUGCCUUACAGCUGUCACGGUCCAAACCCCAUCAAAAGUCUACAAUAUUCAAAAAAUGUCAAAAGACUUAGUUAAGGAAGCUUUAGAUGUUAAUCUGAGGAAUAUUAAAUGUGAUGUCAUUAAAUGUGGUUUGUUAACAAUUGAAAAUGUUCAAAUAUUAAAUAAAAAAUUGAUCGAAUUAGGAGAUUAUAGACCAAAAUUAAUUUGGGAUCCCUUUCUAAAUGAAAUGUUCGUUGAUGAUGACUUUAUUCAAUUAGUGAAAGCUCAACUUACUCCAUUUGCAGAACUAAUUACUCCAAAUCUUCAAGAAGCAUUGAAGUUGAUAAAUAAACCUCAGAUGUCAAUUACUUCAAUCGAGGACAUUUUCAAUGUUGCUCAAGAAGUAUCAAGAGAAACAAAAUGUGCAAAUAUAUUGAUCAAGGGAGGUCAAUUACCAUAUGAAUUACUAUCGGAUAAUAAAAUAAUUGAUAUCUUGUACCUAGGCAACGAAGAAAAAUUUAUAGUUUACAACGGUAACAUAGAAAAAACCCACAAUACACAUGGUGCUGGAUGUACCUUAGCCUCCUCCGUUGCAUCUAAUCUUGCCCUAGGAUAUUCUUUAGCACAAGCUGUCUAUGGUGGUAUUGAAUAUGUUCAAAAUGCUAUAUCCCUUGGUUGUACUGUGAUAAAAGUUAAUUCAGAUUUCAAUGGUCGUAUUAAUCAUGUUCAUUCUAUUGAGAUACCAAUGGAAAAGAUGAUAAAGGACGAGUGCUUUAAUGCACAUUCCAUUUUAUCAGCCAGGCAAUCGUCUUGGACAAGAAUCAGUAAUCCAGUGAAUUAUAAGAAUAAUUUCUUUGAUUACUUAAUUCACCAUCCUUAUGUUAAGCGUCAUUGGAAAACCUAUACGAAUCAUGAAUUUGUCAAUCAAAUUGCUACUGCAACUUUAGAUCCAAAAAAGUUUCAAUUCUUUAUUGAACAAGAUUACAGUUAUUUAGUUGAUUAUGCUAGGGUUCAUUGCAUUGCUGCUAGUAAGGCACCAACUCUUUCUGAUAUCGAACUAGAGAUUGCCCUAAUUGCUGGAACAAAGGUAGAGAUAACUGCCCAUAAAGAAAAAUUAACUAAAUACUUUGGGGUCGUUGAUGAUUCCUAUUAUGAUACGAUAAAAAGGGGCCCAGCAUUAAACAACUACUCUAGAUAUUUCAAUGAUAUAGCCAAGAGAGGUACUUGGGAAGAAUUAGUAGCUGCCCUUACCCCUUGUUUGAUGGGCUACUGUUUUGCUGCACGUACUUUUGAGAAGAAUCUUGUGCUAAAUGAGGAUUAUCCAUACUAUAAUAAGUGGUGUUCAGACUGUUUGGGUGAACUUAGUGUAGCUGCUAUAAAAGAAGGUGAAAAGUUGUUGAACCAUAUUGCUAGUACAUAUCCUCCUGAGAAAAUUGAAACUUUGGUCAAAAUUUUCGGUGAUGUUUGCCAACUAGAAACUCAAUUUUGGGAUGCUGCUUUAGCAUAUAAUGGAUAA